AUGGUCAAGAGAAAGCACGAAAGCACCGGCGCCGGUUCGAACGGAUCCGUCAAGAAGACGGCCAAGUCGCAGAGCGACGUGCACGCAAAUUUUGGCGAGAAGCUGUUUGACCACGAUGUCGUUACAAAGUACCGCGACGACUAUGCGAAGAGCGGACCGUAUGUCGCAUUAACCGCUUACUCAUAA